AUGAAAAGAGCGAGCGAAAAAGAAGGAAAUUCCAUCCACAAGAAAACCAAGAGCGAUACCGGUUCAUACAGCGUAAUGAAAUAUUCCCAAAAGACCCCUCGCGGUUCAUCUGCAAGCAAUCCCAAGCCUAAUGGAGCAGUAGCAUCUCCAACAGCAUCUCCAGCAUCAGCAGCUUCUAGUAGCGCUCCAGUCGAGACCAUCGUCUUGUCGUCCGACGAGGAAACGGAUGAUUCUGCACGCACAUUCAAGUACAAGCCAAAAUCACUCAAAACAUCAUCCGUCAGUGCAUCUCCCUCAAGCCAGGAUUUAAGGAAUAUGGGAUUCACUGUUUCAAAGCCGACGCCAUCUCCAUCCAAGCAAUCCACCUCAAAGAAGGCAUCUCAAGGCCUAGGCGCCAUACCAGUCCAAUCACCUUCCAAUUCGCCUAGCGGCUCAGAGACGAAAUCAAACAAGCCUGACAGACAACUGAACGCCACGCUCACAUCCAAAAUAUCGUUCGCUAAAAAGAAGGAGAAGAGCGUAGACCAACCCUUGAGCGACAAGAAUAACGAUAUAGAUAUUAUGUCAAAUGAACCACAAUCUAACAUCAGCAUGGGAUUGAGCGAUGAAGACAAGGAAGAAAUUGAUGAAUUGGAGUCUGAUUCCGAUGUCGAGGUAGAUGCUCAAGCCCAGCAGCAGCAGCAGCAGCUCAGGCACGGCAAGAUACUGCCCAUCACUACCUUACAGACGCAACCAUCACAUAGCUUAUCCUUCCCUGAAACAUCCACACUCAAUGAGAUCCUUAAGCGCAUGGACAAAACCGCUUCUUCUUCCAGAUCACCUGAGUCCACCUCUAGCAGCCAACAAAAUGACACUCUCGCGAGAACUGUAGCAGCCAUGAGAAGACUUCCUGCGCGAGAGAGCCGAAGCAAAGUAACCACUUACAGCGAUAUAGCUAAUUCACUUGAUCCCAGUCAAUUUGCAGUGGAUUAUUUAUCAUCAGCAGACGAUGAAAGCGAGGUUGAUUUGAGCAGCUAUCCCUACACAUUUGCGCGCCAUCGCGACAACCAGACAGCCACCGUGGUCAAACACAACACACUAGCCAAUUUAGCUCGUCCACGCAGAUUACUGAAAACAGGCUUUGUGUACGAUACGGCCAUGUCCUAUCAUGCGACACCUGAUGACACUGAAAUUCAUCCCGAGGAUCCUCGCCGUAUUUUCAAAAUCUUCAACAUCAUGGAGCGACAUGGAUUGUUGACAGAAUGCAAACGUAUCAAAAGCAGACGCGCUACCAAGGACGAAAUUCUGCUUGUACAUAACAUUACACAUUACAGAACAUUGAGAAAUACGUCAGAUUUGAAAACGAGAGCCGAAUACAUGAACAUGGAGAAGGAUUACGAUUCAAUAUACUUGAACUCCAAUUCAUUCGAAAGCGGUCUGUACGCUGUGGGGAGUCUGUGCAAUCUGGUGGAGGCUGUUGCUCGAAACGAAAUCAAAAAUGCGUUUGCCAUCAUUCGACCUCCUGGCCAUCACGCUGAAUCAGAUGUGCCAAUGGGCUUCUGUCUGUUUAACAAUGUUGCUAUUGCUACACGAUACUGUAUGAAAAAGUUGAAUGUCAAGAAAACGCUCAUCAUCGAUUGGGAUAUUCAUUUCGGUAAUGGCACACAGAGCAUCUUUUCUGAUGAUCCCAAUGUAUUGUAUAUCUCGUUGCAUCGAUACGAAGACGGCUCGUUCUACCCUAGUGAUUUAAAAGGAUGCGCCUCCUACACUGGACAUAACAAGGGCGUCGGAAAGACCGUGAAUAUACCUUGGCCCUGUGCAGGCAUGACCGACGCAGAUUAUAUUUACGCAUUCCGUGAGAUUGUCAUACCCAUUGCCAUGGAGUUCGAUCCUGACAUUGUCAUUGUGUCUGCUGGAUUCGAUGCAGCCAUCAACGAUCCCAUCGGUAAAUGCAAAGUGACACCAGCAGGUUAUGGACAAAUGACACAUUUGCUGAAAAGUGUGGCCAACGGCAAACUGGCUAUUGCGUUAGAAGGAGGCUAUGAUUUAAAUUCAAUUGCUAUUUCAGCGCUUGCUUGCAUGAAUGUGUUACUGGGAGAAGCACCCGAGCCUAUUCGACCCGACUUGUUUCCUCAAAAAGCAUGCAUACAAACAGUCGAAACCGUAAAACAAUAUCAACGACAUCACUGGAAAUGUAUCUCGGAGCAGUUUUAG